CAGCAUAACACAUCAUCAACCACGUGAACACGAGGACUUGGGAGGUGGAGGUAGAAACCCCAGCCUCAGCAUGGGAGGUGGAGCAACACCAGCACAGCGCCGGGCGUGACAACCCCUCACCAUACUAGUAGGUGAAGGGCGACUACCGCAGUGCUGUGUUUGCCACGUGUAAGGGAGGAUGUGCGCGGACCUUCUCCACCUAGACUUAACUGCAGUGGUAGGAGGAGGAGAAAGAGGAGCCCAAUAGAAAUAUAUAUACGACUGAACAUCGGCCAUGGAUGGCCAAAAUCAACACACCAUUGAAGAUUAGAAAGGACCGUGAAGCCGGCCAGCGCUUCCAUUUCCUCUUCGCCGCCAGCACCGGCCAGAUCUUCCACUUACUCUUCUGUAUCGUCAGCACUCAUCAUGACCAUCACGGACUUCGACUCCAUCUUCGUCCACAUCGGAGGGUUUGGCCGCUACCAGAUGGUACUGUUCACGGUCAACUGCAUGAUGAACUCCUUCCUGGCCUUCGUCUACUUCGGCCAGAUAUUUAUGACCCUGACGCCCCCCCACUGGUGUCGGGCUCCGCCUGACCUUCAGGGCCUCAACCUGACGGAGGAACAGCUCAAGGACCUCACCAUCCCUAGGGACGCCUCUAGCGGCAAGUUCCUGCAGUGUAGGAUCUAUGACGUUGACUUUCCUGAGUUAUUAAGGAGCAGCAUGGUUUGGCCCAACGCCUCCAGGCCCACUGCCAGCUGGGCCAACACUUCCUGGCCCUCUGCCAGCUGGGCCAAUGCCUCCUGGCCCUCCGCCAGCUGGGCCAAUGCCUCCUGGCCCACCACCAGCUGCACACAUGGCUGGACCUACGACUACUCCCUCUACUACCCCACCAUCACCUCCCAGCUGGACUGGGUGUGCGAGGAGGACUGGCGACCGGCGUUCUGUCAGUCGCUGUUCUUCGUGGGGUCGCUGGUGGCCUCGCCGGUGCUCGGGUGGGCGGCAGACAAGUUUGGUCGACUGCCGGUCAUCGUCAUCACCAACAUGGUUGGGGGCGUGUUCGGGGUGGCCUCAGCUUUCUGCACCUCCUUCGCCACCUUCACCGCCUUCAGGUUCAUCGUUGGCAUGACUUACGAUACCCACUUUAUGGUCAUGUACAUCCUUCUGUUGGAGUAUGUGUCGAGUGAGUACCGCACCAUCAUGGCCAACGUUCCCAUCAUGUUCUUCCUGACGCUGGCCAUGUGUGCCAUGCCCUGGAUCGCUGUGGGGGUCGCAGACUGGUCCAUCUUCACCAUCAUCAUGCACGCCCCUCAACUCAUCUGCUUCUUCUUCAUCUGGAUGGUCCCUGAGUCUGCCCGCUGGUUGCUGGCUCAAGGCAGGGUUGAGGAGACGGUCAAGAUCCUGACAAAGGCGGCUAAGGUCAACCAAAAGACCCUAACCCAGGAGGUCAUCAAGGAUUUCGAGAACUUUGGGAAGGAGCAGGCCAAGCAAGAUAACAAGCAGGUCACUGUCAUUGACCUUCUCAAGACGCCCAAGUUAAGACUGCGCUUCCUCGUCCUCUGUGUCAUGUGGAUGGUGAUCACCGUGGCCUACGACGGACACAUGAGGAACACCGAACACAUCGGCUCCAACAUGUUCAUCACCUUCACUAUCGCCGGCUUCGUCGAGUUGCCAGCGGACUUCCUCACCAUGCUGGCCGUUGAGAGAGUCGGCCGCCGCCACACUACCGUCUGGACUCUCAUUGUCAGCGGCCUGGCCUGCUUCGCCAUAGCUGCCAUACCAGAAGAUGACACCAUGAGCAUCAUGUCGAUGGCUGUGGCGGGGAGGUUCAUGAUCACUAUGGCAAUCAACGUGGGCCAACAGUACCCUGUGGAGGUCCUACCCACAGUGGCCCGCGGCUCGGGAUUUGGGGCCAUACACACGCUGGGAUACAUAGCAGCUUUCGCCUCCCCUUACAUCGUCUACUUGUCCAAGUACGGCCACUACCUUCCCUACGUGAUCCUGGGGGCGCUGACGGUGGUGGGUGGGGCGGUGUGCACGGUGCUGCCCGAGACCCUGAACCAGAGCCUGCCGGACACCUUGGAAGACGGGGAGACCUUCUUCUCUGACCAGACCUUCUGCUACAACCCCUGCUCCAGGAAGCCAUCAAUGAAUGGAAAUGAAUCUCCAGAGGAAAGAGGACAAAUAUAUAUUGACCAGCUCGAGAGGAGAGACGAUGACGACGACCAACUGUGCUCGAGAACUGGAGCUGACGUGUAGGGAAAACAUCGCGUAUACCGAAGACGGAGAGCAAAACACGUCGGAGAAGCGCGCGUGUGUGUAGUUUAAGACAGAAAAGUAAAGAUGUUGAUCUGUUAGGUCAUUGUGGUAGGCUUGAAAAGUGGAUACAUGUAUCCAUCUGGAUACAGUGGGUUAAUUAUGUAUAUCGGGGCUUUGAUGUAGCCGGAAAGUAACCCCCCCCCACUCUGUCUACUCCACGACAAACUUGCACAUCUCUGCUUCCCCCCCCCCCCCACCAAACACACUCUCUCUCUAUUAUACAUCUCCUGCCCCCCCCCCCCCCACCACACACUCUAUUAUACCUCACGGUCAAACCACGCUACAGACCCAAACACUCCCAUCACUACAUGACCAGGCACAGCGCCCCAUUUUGACUGGAAUUGGCCUGUUGAAGCAGCAGCAGCUUCUGUAGCAGCCGUUAUCAACUUUGUGCCUUGGCUGUUAUUGUAAGCUUAGUGCCUUAGUUGCAAGGGUAAGCUUGGUGUUUUGGGUGCCAGGGUAAGCUUAGCGCCUUGUCUGUCGGUUAACAAAUUAAUAACACUGAAACAAUUUUUGUUCUGGAUAAUAAAUGUUGAUUUCCGAUUGCAAAUGUCUCCAUAGUAUAUAUAUUAUACCUAUUACUUCCCUCAAGCUUUUCUUUGAUCAGUGCCGCUUAGGGAAGAUAUCUUGAAGACAUCUGAAAGCUGCUGACACCUUAACCAGAGCUGUGACCCAUUGUUUCAUAUGACGGCAACUUUCAGGUAGGUACCUUCGAGACAUCUUCACUAAGCUGUCUAAAGCGAAGUCAAAGUUUGAGGAGAAUAAUAGCUAUUUUCUAUACUUUGGCGGCAUAAGCAAUCACAAAAUAGCACUACCCAGAGGACAAGAUAAUUGUCACGUAGUGCAAUCAAAGUUUAAACCAAUUUUAUAGCAUGUUUAUAGCAAAACCAACAACAAAAUUUGGUAUUAUUUUUAAAGUUCAAGAAAAUAAUAUUUUAUUAUUUAAUAUGAUUAUCAUUAUUUUGAUUACUGUUAUUGCCAGUUAAGAUAACAUUUUGUUUUGUUUAUGUUGUCAUUAAAUUCAUCACAAAUA